AUGCGGUCAGCUCUGGCGGCUGCAGCUCAGCGACGGGCCACUAGAGCUCGAAGCUCGUCACUGUCCACCGUGCCGCCCGCAGAGACGUCGAGUGACUAUCUGCCAGAGCUCGCAGCAAUAGCGGCAUCGAUACUGUACAAGUCGCCUUCCACUUCCAAGGCUGGACGGGCUGUCUAUAUUCUGAACAGCGCCGCCUUCCCAGAUGCAUUCGAGGUUGACUACGACAGCCUGCUCUCUUAUGUACUUGCCAGGUUACCUGGAGAAGAAGAGCUGAUCGCUGGCGCGGAGUAUGAGGUUGUCUUCUUUGCCGGCGGACAGCCCGAGGGUGCGACAAUGGAGAGGAGGCAGGGCCCCGGCAUGGGGUGGUAUCUGCAAGCCUAUCACGUUCUGAGUCGUGCCACGCGGAAGAAGUUGCAGAGGCUGUACAUUGUCCAUCCGCGCACGUGGGUGAGGGUGUUGGUUGGCGUUUUUGGAACGAUUGUGUCUCCCAAGUUCAGGCGGAAAAUCGUGCAUGUCAGCACCCUGAGCCAGCUCACGGUGCAGAUGCCGAUCGAAAGACUACUGAUACCGCCAUCGACGUAUCUCCACGACCGGAGGAUCACUCCGGAUAUCGACGUCCCGUACGCUGGUGGUAGACGAGCUUUCGGCGCUCGGCAUCCUUUGCCUAAAAACAUCGACACCGGUCAGACAAGGCUGCCGAGAGUGUUACGUGAGACCACGAGCUUCAUCCUAAUGCCACAAAACGUCUGCACGGAAGGCUUGUUCCGCAUUCCACCGCAAAGUGUGCUCGCAGGUGUGCUACGUGAAGCUUAUGAUCGUGGCCAGCAGUACAUUGUGUGGAAGGAGCGAAGUGCCACUGUGGUGCAGCCAGGCAUGCCGCAAGAUCUACUAGGUGAAGUGCGCCUUGAGGACGCUUACGGCGUGCAUCUAGCCGCAUCUCUGAUCAAAACUUGGUAUCGAGACUUGAGGCAGCCGAUCUUUCCAGAAUCCUGUUAUGCUCGCUUUCGUGAGAAGUACGGCAGUGCAGAAACAGACGUGACGCCGGAAGACCUCGUCGACCUAAUCAUGCCUGCUUCACCAACUUCGCCACUUACAAUCACAAGCCGAGAGAUCCUGACAAGACAUCUCCUGCCACUACUCUCUGCGGUGGCAGAACAUGAGAGGCAGAACAAGAUGAAUGCGGAGAACCUCUCCAUACUCUUUUCGAUGUGCUUGUUGUGCGGUUCGGAUCAGCUUGAGGACGCAAAGAUGUCUACAUUAGUUAGGAAGAUCCUGCAAGCUGCCCUUGAUCUCUGGCCACAACUCCGGGAGGGCCUUGGCAUUGACCCGAUGGCGUUUGAAAUUGAUCUGCUUCCACCAGCUGACCCGCACGAUUAUGAGGACCCAGUCGAGCACGACGUCCAUCAAACGACGUCCGGAGAUGACUUAAUCGAAACGAAGCAGGGCCACCGGAUCAUUAUGGCGGAUGUGGACAGCGAGCCGAUUAGUCCGGAAAGAGUGCCUACUCUGCCUCCGCGACCGGUACGGUCACGGGCGGCGUCGCUUGGCAAGCAGCUGCUUCCGAAUCUCGACGUUGGCUCGAUUCUAAAACGCAAGCCUGCAUCGGCGACGCCUACAGCUGAUUCGGCACCGGCUGAGCUAGAUCCGCCACGCUACUCGACCGUGUUCGAUGGUGAAGGACGGAGUAUUCAUGUCGCUGACUCGCCGUCAAGCUACGCCCCAGCCGACGGCUUCGGACCCGCUCGACGGGGUGAA